CUGUUAGUUUAUAUAUACCUAGGUAACGCGGUCCAUCGCGCACAUUUUCGAUAUCGCUCUUGCUAAUUGCAAUCACCGGUCAUCUAACAGGCAGCUGCAGGAUGAGGAUGCUAAUCGGGUUGUUAGCGAUAGCCACAUGGACCGGUAUCACCGUUGCUGAAUUACCACCUGGUGUACAGUCUUGUCCCCGAACCACCGACCUGACACAAUACGGCAAAUGUGUGCUGGAACAAUUAAAGGCGAUCAACCCAUACCUCGCCAACGGUAUCCCAUCCUUAAAGCUGCCCGCCUUGGACCCGCUGUACCUUCCUUCGCUAACCGUCGACAGGAAUCUGGAAUCGUUGAAGAUCAAGGCGAAUAUGACGAAGAUACGCGUGUACGGGGCGACAAAUUAUCACAUCGAUGAUUUGAAAGCGAACCCUCAUGACCUCUCGGUCACACUCAAAGUGGAACUGCCCCAUGUCCAUGUGAAUGGCGACUACGAUGUGCAAGGAAGGCUACUGUUGCUUCCUCUGAAUGGUGCUGGGAGUUUUAAGGGAAAUUUCACUGACACAGAAGUGUUUGUAAACGCCCAGGGCAAAGAGGCGACGGACAAGAACGGAGUCCAGAGGAUCGAGAUCGACAAAUUAGUGACAAAAAUCCGCGUUGGCGAUGGAAAUAUUAAAUUAAAAGCGCCUCCAUCUCAUACAUUAGCCGCUGAUGCAGCAGCCACAUUUUUCAAUUCGAAUCCCCGUUUAGUCCUGGACAUUGCUAGCCCCAUCAUCGAGGACACUGCUGCAACUGUGAGCAGAGCAUUGGCUGCCAGAGCAUUGGGUGCCCUCACCAAAGAAGAAUUACUCCCCUAGUCCCUACAAUUAUUUUUAGUCUUCUUCCAUAAGUAAUUGCUUCUAUGGCUAAUAAUACAACGAGCUUUCGUUGAUUGAAACGAGUGAGUCUUGUUGAUCGUGAUACACGUUGAGUACAACUCGAUGAUUAGUGAUUAAAUGUAGAACGCUGUCAUUACUGAUAGCAUGCUUUAAUUGAAAUUAUUCAGCAAAUUAAUUAUUUGUACUUUUAUAUCGAUCAGUAGAUAUGGUAAACAUUUUUAUAAUUACUUUUUCUUAAUUUGUAUUUCAUUGCGGAAAACGAGGGCAAAGGAAAUUGUUUUCGCAAAAUGAAUUUUAUUGAUUGGUAAAUAAAUUGCAUUACUUAU